CUUGGCUCGCCGCCGUCCGCGGUGCCGGGGAGCGGUGGCUCCGCGUUCCGCCCGCGAGAACUUUGCCCGGCGCGCAAGGGGAAGGAUGGAGCCGCGGGAGCCCGCGGCGGGGCCCCUCAACAGGUCCCGAGCUGUGGCAGAGCUGCCCCGCGGGGAGUUCAACCUCUCUGGGCUGCCAGAGGAGGAGGGGAAGCCCCUCUUCGGCAUCGGCAUCGAGAACUUCAUCACCUUAAUCGUCUUCGGCUUGAUCUUCACCCUGGGGGUGCUGGGCAACACCCUGGUGAUCACGGUGCUGGCAAGGAGCAAGCCAGGCAAGCGCCGAAGCACCACCAACAUCUUCAUCCUCAACCUGAGCAUCGCUGACCUGGCCUACCUACUCUUCUGCAUUCCUUUCCAGUCUACAGUCUACGUGCUCCCCACCUGGGUACUGGGUGCCUUCAUCUGCAAGUUCAUCCACUACUUCUUCACCAUCUCCAUGCUGGUGAGCAUCUUCACACUCUCAGCCAUGUCCGUGGACCGCUACGUGGCCAUUGUGCACUCCCGGCGCUCCUCGGCCCUGCGCAUUCCCCGCAACGCACUGGUGGGUGUGGGGCUCAUCUGGGCACUCUCCUUCGCCAUGGCCUCACCUGUGGCUCACCACCAGCGCAUCUUCCACCGUGAGACCAGCAACCAGACCUUUUGCUGGGAGCACUGGCCCAACCCACGCCACAAGAAGGUCUACGUGGUUUGCACAUUCGUCUUCGGAUAUCUGCUACCACUGCUUCUCAUCACCUUCUGCUAUGCCAAGGUUCUUAACCACCUACACAAGAAGUUGAGAAACAUGUCAAAGAAGUCAGAAGCAUCCAAGAAAAAGACAGCACAGACUGUGUUGGUGGUGGUAGUGGUUUUUGGCAUCUCCUGGCUGCCGCAUCACGUGAUCCAUCUCUGGGCUGAAUUUGGAGUUUUCCCACUGACUCAAGCCUCCUUUCUCUUCAGGGUAAUUGCACACUGCCUGGCUUACAGCAAUUCUUCUGUGAACCCAGUUAUAUAUGCAUUUCUAUCUGAAAACUUUAGGAAGGCCUACAAACAAGUCUUCAAAUGCCAGACGGGUAAAAAGUCACCUCUGAAUGAUGCUAAGGAAAAUAAAAGUCGGAUAGAUACACCACCAUCCACCAAUUGUACCCAUGUGUGAAUAUUUAGAAGGCCUGUAUGUUGGCUCUUCAUUUAUGUCAACUGAACACCAAGAAAAAGCACAAUGAGCUUUAUCCUGUGUUUAUCUUGAUAAAACUAAUUGGUAUUUAAUGUACUGAAGUUGCAUGUGUAGCAAAAGUCUGUUAAACUGGUAUGAAAGAAACCUGGGCUGAUCCUUUGCAUCUUAGAUAGCUUUAUCAAAUUAAGCUCUUGAACCUUUUUAAGAUAUUUAAAUACUUAAAGAUAUUUGAGAAAAAAAUGUUGAGAUGAUAUGUCUGUAUUCUUACUCACUAACCAUACAAAUAUACAAGAAGAUGUUGAUAUGGACAGGUAACUUUCUGACAUCUUACUCCAUCAAAGUGAAAUGAUGGAUAGAUUUUCUGUCUUAAAGAUAAUAAAUACUGGGGUACUAUGAUUUCAGAAAGUAAAACUUCUGUUCUCUCUUCAGAUUGUUUUGACAAUGCUUUUUUUUUUUUUAAGUAAGCAUGGGCUCUGAUUUGGAGUUGAAAUAAGCCGUGUACAACUUGAGGCAAUUGCUUUAGAGAGGAAAUGCUAAUUUUAUCUGUUUAGCUGUUCAUAAUGUAUCUUACUGAGCAAGGAUGGACUGUUUUUCCACUUCAUAUGGCUGCCUUACUGUAGACAUAGAACUAUUAUGUACGCUAUAGAAGGUUUUUUUUAUGGCCUAUGUGUAGUUGUACCAAAAUGUGGAUUUAUGUCUGAGGGAAGCUUUUCUUCACGUGUUGAAUGUGCAUGUGUGUGUAUGUUUUCUCAACUUUAUAGACUUUGAGAUGGACAUACAGUUUUAAAUGUGCAAUAUAUGCAUAUGUUUUAAAAUAUCAUGUUCCAUAAAGC